AUGGCUGGGGACGCACGGCCGAGCAGCUCGCAUGAACGAGAGGACACUGAGGAGCAGCCGCUUUUGAAGCGCCGCGUUGAAGCCCCGCCCAGCCAGCAGGACGAGGCGCGCACCGGGCCGAGCACCAGCGGCGCUGCAGCAGUGGCGGCGCACCUCUUCGGCCUCGGCAAGCGCGGUUAUGCGGCGCUGACAACUAGAGACAAUAGCGACAGCGCCCCUGAACCUGCUGUGGCCGCAGCAGCCGCUGCAGCCCCCAGCCAGCAGCAGCAGCAGCCUCCGAAGGCCAGCACAUCGGGGCCGCUGAAGCCGGCGCCUUCUGGCGACGCUCCCGUCUGCCGCAUCUGCUUG